AUGACUUACGGAGACCGCUAUGGAGGCGCCAUGUAUGUUUCAUCAGAUGCGCCCCGCCGCAGUAGCCUCUUUGGGCACGAUGAUCAGCACAAGGCGCGCGCCUGGACUGUCCAGAUGCAAGACAGUGACAGUGAGGAUCCGGCCCCCAGGACUCCUCCCGCGGCGGGCCGCAAAGGCGUGCUAAAUCGGCGCUUCCCAGCUUCCGGGCCUAACGGGCGCGUAGCGCCGCCGGCCAUGGACAACCACUCCUGUCCCGGCGGCGUGUGUCCCAACCCUGACAUGUACGAUGUCGGGCCCAACGGCGAGGAGUACGACAUCCACUACGACCCUACGUCACUUCGAAAUCUCCCAUAUGCUGCGAUGGCUAAAACACCACAGCCAUACCGCAACUCGGCCAUGGGGCCCUUAGAGCUGACCCAAAAGAAGAACUCCAAAAAGCGAACGGCGCGGGGAAGUGCCGGCGAAGAAGAUGCAUUUGAGCAAACAUGGCACAGCGGCGGCGGCGGCGGUCCGAAUGCGCCGACUAGAUGGGGCAGUGCUGAUGGCUCCCCUGGGGUUACCAAGAGCCAUCACGGAGGUCUCCCCACAUCACAUCGCACCCCACCCCGCCUGCUCAUCACUCAUCCCCUGACGCCACGGGAACUCGGGGCUGAUGGCCAUGUCGACCGGUUGACGGGCGGCAUGGAUGGGCUGUUCCUGCUGGCGGGCUGCUUUGAGGGCAAGCCAAUCUACAUUCGCUCGCGGUACAGUGGGCCCCCCGGGGAGGACCGGGUGCUGUACUACAACCCGAGCUAUGGGUCCUGGGAGUUCGCUGUGGGUCGCGAGCCCAGCACUGACCAGCUGGUGCUGGCGGGCGACGAGGGCUACGUGACCCCCCUGGAUGUGCCCCGAUGGCAUCUGGCGGCGGUCUUCAACUCCCAGCGGCUGAAUGGCCACAGUGGCAACGGCGACAAUGGCGGCCGGGGGAGCCGCCAUAGUGGCAGUGAUGAGAACCCGAGCAAAGAGGAUCUGGAGCGGGAGGUCCGGGAGUUACGGGAGUAUUGGCAGCGCCAUGAGGAGGAGUUCUACGAGGUGCAGUAUGCGUACGGAGAUUACUUCCCGGAGGACGCCUACGGAGAUGGGUACGGGGAACCAGGAGGAUACGAUGAUGGGUACGGGUUUACUCAUUCGCAAGGACUACAGCAAGGAACUAAGCUGCAUCCACAGCCGGUGCCAGCAGCAAAGGUACCGCCUUGGAGCCUGGCACGGGUGGACAUGGGGGAUGUGCCUGAGCGGAAUCGGUUUGGGAGGCUGCUGUCACCCCUGAACCUCAGCGAAAUGCUGCUGGUGGCUAUCGCCAUCGCCACCUUGAAGAUCGUGGUGAUGCGUCUCAAGGAUGGCGGCUUGCAGGGCCCACCAGAAGUCCAGCCUCGGGAGCUGCAAUUAUUCCAUGGCGUUCCCGAGGGGCUGAUCACACACGCCUACAUUCUGCAGACUGAGGAAGCUGCUCGCCAGCUGCGGGAGAUAUGGCUGGAGGCUCGUGAUGGCAGUGCGUGUAUCCAGCAGGAAAUGGAGGGCCGCGAGAGCAGGGAGGCCCUGGGCAUCCUACUCGACACCAAGAUGCUGCACGAUGCCAGCCGUCAGGCCGCCAUUGUGAUGAAGGUGGCCACGGUGACGCUGGGCGGAGAGGUGAUGCAGCGGAUCCUGGCUGUGGUGGGGUCCUUCGCGGCCGCAGUACAGGCCAUGGGCUUGCAUGUGGAGAGCAUGAAUGCGAUGUACAGUGCGGGGUGCAUGAAAGCCGCUGCUCUGGAUAUGGCUGUGGGUUGCCAUACCGUACACUUCAAUGUCAACCCCGAUGAUGUCAGCAACCGGAUCAUGAUAAUCAGCACUGGCGAGGUGGCACCCUGCAUGUCUGAUGGGCGACCGCUGCACAGCCAGGACAUGCACAGGUGCCUGCGACGAAUGGCAGCAUACCCCCAGCUUUGCACCACAUAUUUGCGGGUGGUGGUGAGUGCGGUUCUGAGGAUCAUUUUUGGGUUCCGGGCGGGUGACAAGGUGCAGUGUGAGCCCCGCUGCUACAUGGGAACGGUGCAGUACCUGUCCUACAAGGUGGAGGAGAGCGGCCACCGUGCCUUGAAUUUCCACAGUGAAGCGGUGGUGCCAGCUUUCCGAAUAGCCACCAUCAAGAGCAUCUUCAGUGGCAGCACAGCAGGCAGAGACAUGCAGGCAGGCCUCAAAAUGGACACCGAGCUGACAGCACUUCACCACCACAUUGCGGACAUCAUGGAGGGCGUCGUCUGCCAGCUCCUGUCGGAGCCGUAUGAGUGCACCCCAGCUGCAUAUGUUUUCCAUGGCAGGCGCUGGCGGCCUUUCACAGGGUCGACGCCCCCUGUGAGCACCAAUCAGCCGCCAGCGGUCAUACAGGUGCCGUUUCCGGACCGUGAUGACUAA